ACAACUUCGAGCAAAACGGUGAAAAUGAAAUUCUUCGUGUGCGCCCUUCUCUGCCUGGCGGCCUCGGCCUCGACCUCCACCCGGGACAAGCGCGGAAUCUAUGGCGAGCCCGGAGGCCUGCUGUCGCCCCUGGGCGCUCAUUCUCUCCACUCAGCGCCAAUCUUGAGCGCUCACUCCCUCGACUCAGCGCCGAUUCUGAGCGCUCAUUCACCGCUGCUGAGCCACAGGCCGCUGUUGAGCGCGCACUCGCUGUCUCCGUACGCUAGCGGCCAUUUACACUCCGCGCCUCUGCUGUCGUCGUCCCUCCAUUCUGCGCCUCUGCUUUCCUCUCACUCCCUCCACUCCGCUCCUCUGCUCACCGCUCACUCCCUCCAGUCAGCGCCUCUGCUGUCUCACUCUGCCCCUCUUCUCUCCUCACACUCCCUUGACUCUGCCCCUCUUCUCUCCUCUCACUCUCUUCACUCCGCUCCUCUGCUCUCCCACUCCGCUCCUCUGAUUUCCCAUUCUGCUCCUCUGCUCUCACCACACUCCCUCCACUCAGCUCCUCUGCUCUCUCCCCACUCCCUCCACUCAGCUCCUCUGCUCUCUUCCCACUCACUCAACUCAGCUCCUCUACUCUCUUCCCACUCCCUCCACUCAGUUCCUCUGCUCUCUUCCCACUCCCUCAACUCAGCUCCUCUACUCUCUUCCCACUCCCUCAACUCAGCUCCUCUACUCUCUUCCCACUCCCUCCACUCAGCUCCUCUGCUCUCUUCCCAGUCCCUCCACUCCGCCCCUCUCCUCUCCGCGCACUCCGCGCCCCUGCUCCACUCUGCCCCCUUACAUACGUCCGUGCACGCACCCCUACACUCCGCCAAACUGAUCGCUGCCCCGAGAUACGCCGCUGGGUGGUAA